GACCCACAGGUAACCCUGGUGACUAAGAUGCCAUCCUGUCUAAAGGUCCUAGGUCCCCUCUUGUUCCUGCUGUUCUCUGUGUGGGGACUCCUUGUAAACAGUCAGCAGCUUUCCUGGAGGGAAUUCAUGAAACAGCACCACCUGAGCACAAACUUGAAAUUCAGUGAGUACAAAUGCAAUGAUCUCAUGAAGGAAAGAGAAGCUCCAAAAGACCAGAACUAUCAGAUCUUCAUCUAUACCUUUUGGUACAAAAUCGAGCACAUAUGCAUCAGGAACUGGAGAGAUCGCUACAGAAAUAUAUAUAUAUGGGCCCAGCAUCCCUUCAAAAUACUCAAGUGCUACCCAGGAAAUAACAAAAAGAGCUACAAAGAGCACAGGAGCUACAGCUACAUUGAAUUUCAUUGUAGUAUGAAUGGGUUUGUUGAUAGCAUAGAGGACACCCGGUUGUUAGAUAUUAUCAGCAACUAGAAAGUCUACACACAGCUCCAGGUUUUAGAGUUAAUGCUUCCCAAGUUGUGAUGGGCCUGCCCACAUCAAUAAUCCUUACUAAUCCCCACUUUGCGUUUAUGUGCCAAUGUUUUCCAACUACUUAAAGUUAUGUGUCACGUGGUUUCAUGUGAUACCUAUAACUUCACCAUGUUGAUUCUCUGUCUGGAAUAUACUUCUACACUCAUUUAUCUGCAUUACUCCAUUUUUCCUUUUUUCUUUUGUCAAGACUCAGCUCACAUGGC